AUCGCGAUGGCCCUCGGAGUGACGCAUCCACCCAUCAGCUGUUUUUGUUUUGCUGUGUGGAUAUUGGAAGUUGAUAACACAAUAACAACAGUGUCGACUGACCAGAGUGAAAGGGCUCAUUAAGGAGGUGUCAUCGUUGAUCUUUUAGAUUUAGGUAUAGUUCACUCGGUGUGUGAUGUGUGCCAUCUGAGCGAGCCCGCCCGGACAUUCCUCUCCCUGAAGAGUGUGAGCGUGGCGCUCGGAGUCGGGGAGCGGAGGAGGGGAAGCGGGUUCCGGCGGGGAUCGACCCGAGCCCAGGGCCUCCGACCUCGGCGAGCGAGAGAAGAGGGAAUUUGGUGGCUCGGAUGGAGUCCCAGGACGUACCGGACGGCCCCGUAGUGCACCGAGGCUUCAUCUGCGCCUCGUUUAACCAGGACACCACUUCUCUGUCAGUGGGCACCAAGACUGGCUACCGGCUCUUCUCAGUCACUGCUGUGGACAAGCUGGACUGCAUCCAUGAGGGAGUAGAGUGUCCAGAUGUCUAUAUAGUGGAGCGGCUGUUCUCCAGCAGUCUGGUGGUGGUGGUCAGUCUGUCCAUGCCACGGCGAAUGAACGUCUACCACUUCAAGAAAGGUACAGAGAUUUGUAACUACAGCUACUCCAACAACAUCCUCUCCGUCAGGCUCAACCGACAGCGGCUGGUGGUGUGCCUGGAGGAGUCGAUCUACAUCCACAAUAUCAAAGACAUGAAACUACUCAAGACCCUGCUCAACACACCCACCAACCUCUCAGGUCUUUGUGCUCUCUCUGUCAACCACAGUAACUCUUACCUGGCGUACCCUGGCAGUGCCACCAUCGGAGAGAUCACUGUCUAUGAUGCAAACAACCUGAGCACUCUGACGCUGAUCCAAGCCCAUGACAGUCCCCUGGCAGCCCUCACCUUCAAUGCCUCUGGCACCAAACUGGCCAGUGCUUCUGAGAAGGGCACCGUUAUCAGAGUGUUCAGCAUUCCUGAAGGACAGAGACUGUUUGAAUUCCGCAGAGGGAUGAAAAGAUAUGUUAGCAUCAGUUCAUUGUCCUUCAGUGCGGAUGCACAGUUCCUGUGUGCCUCAAGCAACACUGAGACAGUUCAUAUCUUUAAACUGGAGCAGCACAGCCCCAGUCAAGAGGAGGUGUCUCCUACAUGGUCAGCAUAUGUGGGCAAAAUGUUCACAGCAGCCAGCACCUACUUGCCCACCCAGGUGUCCGACAUGAUGCACCAGGACAGAGCCUUCGCCACAGUACGACUCAACAUGUUCGGCCUGAAGAACAUCUGCGCCCUGGCUACGAUUCAGAAGCUCCCUCGCCUGCUGGUGGCGUCCUCAGACGGGUUUCUCUACAUUUAUAAUGUGGAUCCGCAGGAUGGAGGCGAGUGCGUCCUGGUCCAAAAACACAGGCUGUUUGACUCCAGUGAGGAGCAGGUGGAACAAAAGGAAGAGGAGAAACCAGAGGAUGACGCUCCCCAACCAGCCAGCCAAUCAUACGCUGCCACUGUUGCUCUCUCUUCAACCCCACCCUCCUCCACCACUCUCAUGGGUUACUCUGAGGAUGGUGGAGCGCAGAAGGGCGAAGUCAUCCCAGAGCACGAGUUCGCUGAGGGCCCCGUCUGUCUGGAUGACGAGAAUGAGUUUCCUCCAUUUGGCAACCAGAGUAACUGACCAAACCCCGUCCCCCGCCAAUGAAACAUCCAAUCCCUGCAUAACAAUCAUACUCACUUGUUUCACGCAGGGACGGUGGACAAAAAUAUUCCUGUGCUGAGACAUUGUGGCACCCCCACCCUCCCACAUGUACCCCUGCUGGCCUAGGGUCAAAUCUUGCCAGAAUGUUACUUCCAGGUGUUUCUGUAUCCUGUGCCCCUCUCACUUUUUGUAAAGAAUAAAACAACAACAAAACACUAAAAGAGUGGAAGGUCCCACUCGUUUAAAAAAAACACACAAAAAAAAACCACAUUCAGAACAUCUUAAGGUCUUAGAUUUGAAGACUGUCAAAGAGUCCCACUGUUAACUCCCAUAUUACGCCAUUAACAAACAGUGUUAAUCUUUCUUUCUUUUUUUUAAAUAAUAAUAACAGUGAUAUUGUUGCACAAUAUCAUCAUGGUAGCAACCAGAUGAGCAUGUGGUUGGUCCAGCAGGGAAGACUGAAUAUACCAAGGUAGUAGAAGAGACAACAGGCAGGCCUGCAGCUGUUGUAGAGAGAUGCUAAGAAGUCGCCGGAAAGGUCAUUUUAGCAGCUUCUAAAGCCAAGAGCAACCAGACAACAAUAUGAUGAAAUAAGCAAAAUCUCUUAAGAUCAUGUCUUGUUUUCUGUCACUUAAAAGAAAAUCUAUCAUAAGGGCAUUUUUGUCAAUCAGGCCUCAGGAAUUUGGGAGCUUAUCAAUGGGCAUUAAAUGUGUCACACCUCAGGAAAGAGGAGCAGUAGUUCACUCAAGAAGGAAAAGAUGUUUAAAGUGCGAUACACUAUUUAAAUCAUGAUACAUGCAGUAAAGUAUUAUAUGACUUGCAGAUGCAGCUGUCAUACUAAUUAUGGUAGCGAUAGAUGAGACUAAAAACCUGCGCAGUCACAAAUGUAACCUGAUAAUAUAUCUGGAAGCUCUGUGGGAGGAGCAGUCAACAGCUAAAUGUGAAACACUUGAUGGUGAGCUGUACAUGACAAAGUUACAGGUCCUUGAAUUGAUAUCCUGAAGCCCUUUUUAUUUACUACAUGAUGCUGAAUACAGUAUGUUAACAUGUAAGUCAGUCAUUUUAACUUAGAUGCAUUGAAUAUUCUUUUGUUAAAUGUUUUAAGUAUUACACAUCAACGCAUAGGCUUACCGUGCGUAAAUAUAUAUUGAGGAUUUUUACUGUGUGUAUAAUGUAUAUAUAACAUUUAUAUAUAGUACUGUUGUAAUAAGUAACAUGGUAAUACCAUUUGAUUUGCCAAAAGGUGGCACUGUUAGGACACCCUUACGCUGCAUUGAUACUGGACAUCUACACCCGAGACUCAUUAAAGCUGAAAAGUGAUUCAA